CUUCCACCACGAUUUUCCUCGACACGCGUUAUGUGCAAAGAAACGAGCUCUUGCAAUUACUGAACAUCCUAUUCCCGGCCCGGUACACAGUAAGGGAAGAGGAGCAUAACAUGGUCAUCACUGCCCCACGCGACUUCACCACCGCUGAGCGCGAAUCCGUUAUGCAAGAGCAGAAUGCACCGGUGAAUUGACGUUCUCCGAUAGUUUACGGCACGUACAUACCUACCUAGGUACCUAGGGAACUUGAAGAGCCCCUUAUCUCCUGCUCUUCGGACUUGGAACUGUACUAGGGACGAUGCUCGCUGGUGAACCAACCCUUUGUCAUGGAUUCAGCAUUGGAUAGAGUCCACAAGGCUCUAGGAGAAGAGCAAAGAAAGAACAACAUAAUGCGCGGUUAUCUACGGAACCCUGAUGCAAUAUCGGCAAUCUUGACUCAUGAAAUAGUGCGCGGCAUUAUGAUCGAGGCAGGAGUCCAAGCUCACAGAAUUCCAAGUGCAGUAGCGAUCGUACGCGAACAAAUGCCCCUAAUCUUCGCAGUUCUCAUAGAUAUGCGCAAGCCACAAGGUAUCGAAGAUUUUAUCGAAGGAGGCAUCGUCGACGCCAAACUACCCCUUGAGCUUACUGCCAUUCCCUCCAAUAUGGUCGAUCGGAAGGCUUUCUAUGAUGCCCAAUGGAAAUUCACUCCGUACAGGUUGACGAGAGGUUCUCAUCGUCAUAUCCGACGCGAAUACCCACUGCCGAUUGCGAAGGAGGAGCGUCUUACCCAUUUGGACGGCAGCUUCGGAAUGAUCUCAAGCAUACGACUAGCCCCAGAGCUUGACGAGCUGUCUCCACCACAUCAAAAGGGCAGUGUCUUGAUCAUAAAGCGCAUGAUGCCAGCAUCUACGAAGACGGGCAACACCGAUGACCAGUUCCAGAAUGAAGUCAACUGCCUCCAAAUUCUUCGAAUGCUCAAAAGUGCAAACAUAGUGGAGCUAUUGUGUUCAUUCACCUACAUGGACCAUUGCUGUUUGGUCUUUCCUCUGCUUCCUAUGAAUCUCUCGGAGUUUUUGAAGCGGGAAGAGCGGUUCGGGGACUUUGUGCACGACCUCACGUUCUAUCAUGCUCUGCAAGGCCUCUCCUCGGCUCUCGAUGCAGUGCAUAACGUGAAAUUGAGCCCGCAUAAUCACGACGCGGAACUGCACCGAAUAGGUUACCAUCAUGACAUAAGGCCUGCCAAUAUCCUCGUCAGUCAACACACCUUUCUGUUGGCUGACUUCGGACUUGCGAGGAUCAAAGAUGUUGAAGAAAACUCAAAGACAUAUUUCAAAGAGACCAAAGGAGAUUAUUUUGCGCCGGAGUGCCAGGGAAUCGACUUCACCAACCAGUUUGUCGGUCGCCCCAUCGACAUAUGGGCUUUAGGGUGCAUGAUCGUUGAUAUCACUACCUAUUUAAAGUGCGGUCCUAUUGGGCUCCGGGAAGCAAUAGAAAGAAGGGGGGUUGAGGUUCUACCUGGCUGGACAAACUUCCGGUUCUAUCACGAUGGAGACUUGAGGCCGGCGGUAAAAGCCCAUAUGGACGACCUAGUACGGGAAGACACUGACGUGGGAGAGAGCGAAGGGUUACUACACGUCGCGAAACUGAUGUUGGAAAUCAAUCCUACAGCGCGCAUUCGCUCUGCAGACGUGUUAAGUCAUCUCUCCUACAUCACCACGAGGGCUUGCUUUUAUGCCGCUACGAAAGCCGUCAAGGAGUACCUCGUCCACCUCGAAAAGGAGCCCUCUGGUGGGCCGUCAAAGUUGGAUACGCGGUUUGCUCUCGCAAAACUGAGCGCUUGGGGAGAUCUACUAGGCUUCCGUCACGAGAAGAUACGGAGCCGUGAUUUUGACACUGCUGUUCGCGCACUGGAUGGAAGCGAAUAUGUGAUGCAAGCCGACCUUCGAAACAUCGAAUCCCAAUACGCGCUUGCCCAGAGCCAACGCCCUUCGCCGGGAGCAACUGCAGACCCCGACCCACAUUUUGAGCUGGAGGAAAAUUUCGGCAAAGUGGUGCAGCGAUUGGUACAACGUAUAAACGAGAGGUCCCAACGACUUCUUGAAUCAAUGUGGGAACGUCAGUUGCUUGGUGCUGGAAACCUGGAAAGCACCUCACGUUACGGAAAAGCUUUCGGGGAGACUGACCCUCGUCUUCAGAGACUGGAAGCGAUGGCAGAAAUGAAGAAGCUUCAAUCCGCCUUCUUCAACUUGACGACCCUGGAACCGUCCUAUGAAAACCUCCUCAUUAAAGAACACUACCUGAAAAAGGAGUGGGAGGUCGAUGGCCAUUGCUUUGCUCGUCUGGCGCUAUCUGGAAAUGAGGAAGACGAGGUCUUGGUGGAAAGGAUCCCUUACAGUGCCAACUGGAAGAAUCAGUCCGCUUAUGAGAGGAUCGUCCGAAUAGGUUCUCUCGCCAAGCUUCUUGCGGACGAGCAGCGACCUCCUAGCUUCCGUACCCUCCGAUGCCGUGGUUUCAUCCUGUCGGAUUCUGAAGGAGCAUACAAAUUUCUCUUCGAGUUCCCCAGCUCAGAUGCCAAGCGUGCCCUCACCCCGAAAACUUUGCUCAAGCUUCUUAGUACGAGCCUUCAUCAUGGUUGGAAGCCUGAGCUCCAGCAACGGAUCCGCCUCGCCCAAGGACUCGUCAACGCUGUGCACACCCUGCAUACUGUUAAUUGGCUUCACAAGGAUCUCCGUUCGCUCAGCGUGAUCUUCUUUCCGACAGCUUAUGAGAAGCUCGAGGACAUCGGCUUCUCAGAAUUCUACCUAGUCAACUUCCGUACCAGCCGCCCAGAUGGCAUAAUAUGGACUACGGAUGGACCAGAUCCCAACGGCGACUCCCGAUAUCACCACCCCGACUAUUUUGAAGAGGGAUGCAUAGAUGGAAGUCGUUAUUGCAAGGCGUACGAUAUAUAUAGCCUCGGCAUUCUACUUCUGGAGAUUGCGGCUUGGAAACCGAUAAGGUCGUUCCACGAGCGGCAUGUCGGCGAAUCUCCCCGCGCAUUCCGUAGGAUACUGCUGGAUAAAUAUGCGCCUAGAAUUGCUAGGGAGGUAGGGCCGAGGUAUCAGGAGAUUGCCCAGCGGUGUUUAAAUGGUUAUUUCGACAAUGAUGUGGAUGAGGAGACCGCAGAUAAGGGUGCCACACUAUUCUACAAAGAUGCAGUAGAGCCAAUGUUGGAAAUCUUUGUGGGGUAGGUCGAAACAUGUUUAGACAUUCAAAUUGCACUUUGGUUCGAU